GAUCAUUACAAUGUCCACUAUGCUACAUCCAGUACUGUGCCGUGUACAGCCCUAUUAAUGGACACCCUCAAGCAGCUUCAUACUUCCGUCGCUCAAUUGUUCGAAGACUCCUUCGACCAUGCCUACAAAAACUUGAAUGCCGAGCUCGCUCGUCGAGAUGCGCAGGCCGAUGAGGCAGCCAAAGCCGCUAAAGGAGCCCACGGAAAUGCUACCACCAGAAUCCAGGAGCUAGAACGCGAGGUUGCGAAUCUGAAAAAAGAAAUACAUCCAUGUGAAGUUGACGCGAAAUCCAAGAGAUUCUCUGCCUCCAUGCAGGAGGCAUAUGGACCUGAGCGUGUUCUCGAGCAUUCUGCUUUGAUGGAUCUUCAUCCCGAUAUGAAAGAACGGAUCGCAAAUAUUAGCACUAAAUAUCGUUCUUUGUAUGAGAAUUUCCAAGAGCUUGUAUGUGUUUGUGGGACACUCAGGGCGAAGGUCGAUAGUCAUAAGCGAAAAUUGGUGCAAUGGCAAGACCGCGUCACUCGAGAGGAGUUUACGAUUGAACUAUCAGGGGUCCCGGUCAAAUUUCGGCGUAUGUAUGGCAAUGCAGCCAUUGAGAACAUAUUGCACUUUGAGCCAUCGAGGUCACGACAAUCUGCAUUAGAACCAUUGGGGCCGGUUUCUCAUAAGGACAAAACUGGGACUUCGACUCCAACUUUGAACCAACAAUCGAUUGAAAAUCAUCCUGAGCAAAGCGCUCAAACCAGAAAUGGGACAAGAGGUGCCCUGAAUCCGUCGUUUACCUUCGAACUACCAUGCUCAGCUUCACUAAGGCCCGACCUUUCGUCGGCGAGCCAGGAAACUGUGUCAAAUGACCUCUCUUCCGAUGAGUCCACUGGAACAGUGACGCGAGAGCUCAAACGGAAGCGAGUGCCAUUGCCGGGAACUGCUCAUCAAAACACAUCCAUCCAAAACGGCAUCACGGUCAGAUCGCAGCAAGCUAUUAUCAUCAAGAGCGAAAGCAUGUCCUCUAGCCCCUCUCGAAACUUUUCAGAAUACCGCGCACCUGCGGGUACCCAGGAUCUGGAUGAAGUUGGCAGUAGUGUCGAGACCCCGACGAAAAAGAAGCGUCGCAAUUGCAGUUCAAGUAAAAGGGAGUCUUUGGCUACUGAUGUUCUUAAGACAACUAGGGAACUUGGACAGGAUCACGAGAACUCUCAUCAACCAGGAUCUGAGCGGAGGAGGUUGAAUCGCGGAGUCCUUCAGCCCGUUGAUGGUAACUCACGGGCUACCGGCUCUUCCGAGCAGCAAUCAAGUACCACAAAACUAAAAGGAAACACGGAAAAAGCAAUCAGAAAUGGCAUUCCUUCGUUAACAGAAGACGGAGAAAGCUACGUGAAUGCGAAACGAACUGGAAAGCACACAUCCUCAAUUGAGACAGAUCAGUACUUAAAUACUGGAAUUAUGCCUGCUCAGCAACGACUCCAGAGUUUUCUGGAAGGGCCAGCGCCGUCUAGGUCACCUUUGAAUGUUCCGUGGAGUCACGUAUGCCCUGCUGAUAGUAGGCGACCUGUGAACAAAAAUUUAGGAAGCAAUAUACAGCAUGCUUCUGCAGAAGGCCCACGGCCCUCGGAGGCAAAGGCCGAAGGCAGUAUGCGAACCGGUAUGGUACAUGGUAGAGACUCUCGUUCAGUCAAUGCUCAUGAGAAGCCGUCAGAUGCGCACCAUGGAGAUGAAUCUUAUCGAACCUUACCGCUUCACCGGCUUGAACUUAAUCAUUUCAAAAUAAAUUCCGAUUAUAACCAUGGCGCUGACUACGCUUUCGGCGAUAUUGUUCGUAAGGGAGACGAACGCAAGGGCUUGAGUGGUUGUACACAUACCGGCUGCUGCGGCGAUAAAUUUCUCGCUAUUGCUCGAGCUGGUGGUCUCCAAACGAACCUUGGUGGAGUAAUUUCGAAAGAAGCAGACGAAGAAAAAAUUAUAGAAGAAUACCUAGGCGAUGAAAAAGAUCUGAUUCACUCGAUGGACCCCCAAGAUCGCCAAGAGCUUCUUCAUGAAGCGCGAGCAAAACAUAUCUCCGAUAUCUUUGGAAAACAUAAACACGUUCACCAACGUCCUCGCACACCUCCGGGUUUCUGGCGUACAGAUAUGCCAGAUACUCAAGAGUUAGAGCAUGACCGCGAAGAAGCAGAAAAAGUGGAAAGAGAGAAGGUCUAUGAACGGUAUAGAGAGGCCAUGCGGCCGGGUGGGUUGUGGAAAUUUGCGGACGAAUAGGCUUGUCUUCUCAGCGGCUUGCAUUUAACGAUAUAUAUCCCAAUUUAUGCUGUUCAUAUCUAGACCAUGAGCCUUCCCCAUUGAGGGUUGUCUAUUCACAUGACCGUUCAUGCAUGGCCCAGUCUUACCCUGCCAUGUCAAAUAACCUAUUGAAAGACCUACAUCAAGCCCGUAUUCUAUGUAAUCAGCAAACCCUCCAGAACAAACGCAAUAAUAUUCUCAGAUAGAAUAACA